AGAAGACUCAAAAAGCCUCAGAAAAAGCCGAAAAGUUAGCAACCAGUACAUUUCUACAAUUACGAGUGGAAAAAAUCUGUCGCUUGGUAUCUUCUCUAGGUGCUUGAAGUAUACGGUUUUCAGGUGAGCACUUUACGUGAAAAUCUCCUGUCCAUGUAUUGUUAGGCGAAACUACAAUCUGUGGAUGAACCAAUCAGAUCUGCGAUAACAGGACUCGGGUUUUAGCGCGAAUUUCAAACACUCCAUCGUCUAAAUACUAUUUUGGCAUUAUAGCUGAUGUCAGUUCGUGAUGAAAACCCGAAGAAAAAUUCCUAACUCUAACCAUCAACUGUAAAUCAUAAUUCUAAUUACUCACACAGGUUUAUAACCCUUAUCUAGUCCUAGUUAGUAGGUUGACAUUUUCAAGGUCACUUUAACGUUGCUCGACGGACAACCAUUAAUUACCGUAUCACGUAUAACAUGCAGUCAGAUCACGGUAUGUCAUUUGUUUCCUCAUAGAUUUGUACCGAAAAAUUCUGAGUUGGUCUAUGUGAUGGAAAUGUAUCGACAAUGGGUUCCAAAAAGGGCUUGAUGAUGAUACACUAAUGUAAUCCAGCUCAUGUAAAUGUUGGAUUGAUAGAAUGAUUCAGUAACACAGGGAUUCGUAUUUAUUGUUUUGUCUACAUCUCGCCAAUUUGAUUGGUCUUGUUCCGUACUCAGUUACUGUAAAAGUCAAAUGAAAAUUACUGUAAUUACAUGCCGAUAUGGCUGAUACACUUAUGCCGCUACCUGUUAGUUUUAUCAUUGUACUAUCUUUAAUUAACUGAAUAACUAUCUUGUUUGGCUUCGUUGACUGUUCUUGAGGUCGUUAAUUACCAAGAACUAAAUAGGCGUAUUUACAUCAGCUAUAUAUCACAAACAUCGGGAGUAUAUCCAAUGAAUUAAUAAAUUAAGAAAGCUGAAAUUGUUUAGAAUUUCCACCCAUUUCUCAAUAUAGGUGAUAUAAUGCAGGAGAAACUAGUUUGUCAAUAAUCUCAGCGUAGAACUCGAUACGGUUGUGUGUUGAUUCUUGUUAUCAAACUUCAUAUCAGUCCAGUAAGUUCAAUAAACAAAGAUAAAAACCACGUGGUAAAAAUGACAUCACCGGAAGUUUUAUAAAAGUAAACAUCGGAACAGCAGUCUAAGAGAACGAAUAAAAUCCAACUAGAAAUCUGUUUAACACUGGAUUUUCAGGUCUAAUUAAUGAUUUACUAGAAUUCAAGACGCUUUUCAACGAUUUCCCUGUUGUUUAAAGUAACACCAGCUUCUGUGAGAUCUUUUUUUCUUCGUUUUAAGACUUUGACGGAAACUUGGUGGCGCUUGUGAAUUAAACCCUCAAAUGAAGUAAAAUUUUAGUGCAUUGAAUAACUUUUAUCUGUUUACUACCAAUUUUGUUUGUAAAUAUUCUGAUGUAAUGAGCUAUGUUAUGCUUCUGUAGCAGUAAAGUUUGCCAUAUGGACUAAUUUCUGGUGGUUUUGUUUUGUAAGUUAGGUGAUUUGACUGUCGAUUUUUAGUUGUUAUUCUGGACAAAGUCUUAAACCCCUACUCCACGUAGAAGUGAGAUUUCUGGUUGUUCCACAAACACUACAUCUAUCUGUUCCCAUGGCCAUGUUUAUUACUUGGUACCUUCGUACACUUUGUUACCUUCAUUUGUCGUUGUAUUCGUAUCGACUGUCUUUGCUGGUUGAAAUCUAACACUAUGAUUAAUUGGCCUAUUUCAUGUAGGUUCGUAGAUUGGGUGGACAUCAAUGCACCUGUUUAUUCCCAACGGACUUAAGUGUUUUCCCCAUGGAGGUUCCCUGGCCGUCUUGGGAUUUCUCUUGCAGAUAGUUUCGAAUUCUCUCUAGUUAAACUCACGUCCAUGGUUGUCUACAUAUGUCGAUAUCAGUGGCAACACCAUGUCAGUAAUGCAGAGGUUCGGCAUCGUGUGUUCGGGCACAGAGAUGAUAAUUCAAUUAGUGUCACCAUCUUGAAACACCGACUUCGGUGGCUUGGACAUGUUCUCCGAAUGUCGUCCCAGAGAAUUCCACGUCGUGCAUUAUUUGCCGACUCUGGGACUGGUUGGAAGAAGCGGAGAGGUGGUCAGUGCAUGACAUGGUGUCGUGGCAUGAAAGAAAGCUGCAAAGGACUGGCUUGUGUUGGUCCUUCACGACUCCCUGGUUGGGGUCUGAGAGAUGGUGCUACACAGUGGCUAGAGACGUUAUCAGAUAUGUCUCAGAAUAGAAGCCAGUGGCGAUCCUGCUGUAACCUUCUUUUACUUUCUUCAUAAAAAGUGGUUCUGUCUCCCUUACCUGAAAGAUUUCUUCCGAUUGUACCUUUGCGUUCCCUGAUUACUAGCACAUUACCGUACACCAAUCUCUUCGUUAUCGUUCUCUCUUUUUUUGUUGCGCUCCUUAGCUUUUUUUUUCUUUCUUUGUAUUCCUCUCGAAUUUUCAUUGUUUUGUGUGGCGCAUAUAUAUUGGCGCUCUCUUGUACCAAUAUUCAUGUGUCCAAAUAAAUAAAUAAAUAAUCUCUCUAUUGCUGAUCCGUGUUCAUUUAUGGAUAGAUGAGGAGGACGUUCAAUUUGUUCAGUGUGAUAGGUCCCGUAGUUGGUGCAAUUUAUUUUGUAAAUGAUGUCUCAUUUCUCUUCUUUUGUUGUUGUCUUUUGGUCUGUAUAGAAUGAAAUAGAGUGGUUGCAUUGGUUUGUGGGCGACGGUUAUUCCAAAGAGCUUUAGAGCCCUUGUGAUGAUUUCUGAGAUGAGUUUCGCACAUCGUAGGGCGAUCUGUUUCUUGGUUGCCAGAGUUGUUUUUUUUUUACUUCUGUGAUUAGUGUCUGAACAUAAUUCGUUUUGUAUGCUGUUGUAGCUUUUAAUACUUGCUUUGUGUACCUUAGUUUUUUCCAUACUUGUUUUUUACGUCCCUCUGUUUACUCUGUUGCCUAAAAUAUCAAAGAACAAGACCCUGUCUUCUGUUUCUUUAAUUGUAAAUUUGCUGUAGUUGUUAACGUCGACCAACCUACGAAUAUUUGCAAGUGAUCUCUCUUCAGGAUAACUAACAUGUCACCCGCGUAACCUCUUCUAAAUUGAUGUGGUAAUCAUAAAACUAAACAGGAUGUACCUGAAUCCUAGAGUGUGUUGUUUACCUGUAUGUUUACUCAUAUGGCUAACCCACUAACAUCUUAAGAGUUGAACUUAGAACUUAGUGGGUGAUUGUUGUAGAUACUGUCUAUAGAGCUCUCGAUUACUCAAGAGAUGAAAUCUUGGGUUGAAGUGGAGAUACGUUAUCAAACAUGCUCAUGAUUACUACCAGUGUCACCAAUUCCGGGGUAGAUCUAUAUAGUAAUACUGUGGCGCUGUCGAUCGUCUACUCAAUAAUGUGUACUUUUUCAAUAAAUUUGUGACUACAUUUUAUAAAGCCAGCUCAACAAACAAUGAAGUUUAUGGAAUACAUUUUUCCUCUUUUUGCUUCGAUACUUUAUAGAAACAGUAUGGGAAAAUUACAAAACUGGACAUUUAGGCGAAAAAAUGUCUGACAUGAAUGCAUGAAAUCUCAUAACGUUAUACGCUAGCUCGAGUCUUGAAAUUAAAGAAGUGUUCACGUGAUCUAAUAGAUCAUCUUGUUUUAUCAUUUUGAGCUUAUCUCUAGAAACUUAGGGAAGGUCUACAUCCAUCUAAGUUAUAACCUUGGUUCGUAUAACCAGAUAUACAUAUAUCUUUGGUGUUUUUCUUUGUUUAUCAGCAAACAUCUACAAUAUAUCUGUUUUCUAUUUUUCAACCCACCAGUUUACUUGAGCGUGUGAUAUUAAGAUCUUAUCUUGCAGUCUUUGGUUCUUAUGAACCAUGUUGAUCCCUGAAGACCAAAUAUGGAUGGUCGUCGUUGGUUUCAUAAUAGCUUUUAUUCUUGCUUUUGGAAUUGGUGCAAAUGAUGUGGCAAAUUCAUUCGGGACUAGUGUUGGGGCCAAAGUAUUAACACUGAAACAAGCUUGUAUUCUUGCUACAAUCUGUGAAUUAAGCGGUUCUGUUCUUUUAGGUGCUAAAGUUUCCAAUACCAUACGGAAAGGUAUUGUUAGUGUCGAACUUUUUCAAACCAUCGACAACGGGCAUGUACUCUUAAUGGCCGGACAGGUUGCUGCUCUGGGUGGUUCUUGUAUUUGGCUUUUGGUUGCUACAUUCUUCCGUCUUCCAGUCUCUGGCACACAUAGUAUUGUAGGUGCAACGAUGGGUUUUAGUCUUGUUGUUUUUGGACUCAAUGCUAUUCAAUGGAAAGGACUACUCAAAAUUGGUGAUCAGGAUUAGACGGUAUAUUUCAUCAUCUGACUCAACAAUGAUUGUAUGUGUUCACUCAGCUGAUUUCUACUAUUUAUGUAAAAUUAUAUGCAUAUGCAAAUUCUGUCACAAUGAUGGUUCCACAAACAACGCAAAAAUAUAAUACACCGAGUUGCUUGAAGUAAUGUUUCGCUUUUCUAUAUUUAGAACAAAAUUAAAUAAUAGUAGUCUCAGUUUUUUGAAAACGAAGUUAACAUAGAUCUAUUUCGCAGUAGAAUGAGGUAUCUAAGAUCCAAAGCAAAACUUACAUCUGAUUUAUAUUUACAGGAGAACACUAGAUACAGUCGUUUGAGUAUGAUGUCAUCGGUGCAAAGAUAUAUUUCGUAUUUAUUUUUUCUUCAAGUAGUGAGAAUUUAAUCGUUUCUGACCAGUUUGCUAUUUGUUCCAUUGUUUAUUUGUCCUUCGCUUUGGUAUUUUAGAAAUAAUAUUUCUGUUUGCCUAUAUUCUUCGUGUUUACUUCAACACUUUUCUCUUUUGCUCCGCUAUGAAAUGCUACAAUUAGUUAGUAUGUAUUUAUUGUUCAUGGUUUGAUAAUGCUGAGUCUUCACCACCUAAUUAUGAAUAGUACUUGCUGUAAUUUAAGUGAUCACAUUGGUUGGAUGGGAAAUCUAUAUAUUCUAUGACGGUAGUGAUUUAUAUAAUAGUGGACUAAGAUAAACUAAAUAUAAUGAAUAAUCUCAUAGACCAAAUAAUAGUUUUAUUCCUUGAACUACUGAGCAGUUUUAUAAUCAUAAUAAUAGUGUUGUAAGUAAUUUAGAGAAGAAACAUGAUACUAUUUAAAUACUGUAACUUACAUUGUAUUUCCAGGCUUUACUUUUCAUUCACAUUGGUCU